GCGGCGGGCGGGGCAGCAGCCGGGGGGCGCCGCUAGAGAGCCCCUGAGCCGCGGCGGGAGCGCAGCGCACAGCCUCGGGGAGCCCAGGCCCGGCAGCCAUGGCGGUGGAAGGAGGAAUGAAAUGUGUCAAGUUCUUGCUCUACGUGCUCCUGCUGGCCUUUUGCGCCUGUGCAGUGGGAUUGAUUGCCGUGGGUGUGGGGGCGCAGCUCGUCUUGAGUCAGACCAUAACCCACGGAGCGACUCCUGGCUCCCUGCUGCCUGUGGUCAUCAUCGCUGUGGGGGCCUUCCUCUUCCUGGUGGCCUUUGUGGGCUGCUGUGGAACCUGCAAGGAGAACUAUUGUCUGAUGAUCACGUUUGCCAUCUUCCUGUCUCUGAUCAUGCUGGUGGAGGUGGCCGCUGCCAUUGCUGGUUACGUAUUUAGAGACAAGGUGAUGUCGGAGUUUAAUAAGGAUUUCCGGCAGCAGAUGCAAAAUUACUCGACAGACAACCAGACCGCUUUAAUCCUGGACAGGAUGCAGAAAGAUUUCAAAUGUUGUGGGGCUGCUAACUACACGGACUGGGCGUCCAUCCCUGGCAUGACCAGGGAGCGCGUCCCUGACUCCUGCUGUGUCAACGUCACCUCGGGCUGUGGGGUCAAGUUCAACGUGAAGGACAUCUAUGUCGAGGGCUGCGUGGAGAAGAUUGGGCUGUGGCUGAGGAAAAACGUGUUGGUGGUGGCGGCAGCAGCCCUGGGCAUUGCUUUUGUGGAGGUCCUGGGCAUUGUCUUUGCCUGCUGCCUUGUGAAGAGCAUUCGAAGUGGCUACGAGGUGAUGUAGGGCUCUGGUCUCUUCAGCCCCCUCUGUCUAGGGGAGUGCAGUCGUAUCCACCAGGUUUUUCAAUUAAACGGAUUAUUUUUUCAGACCGAAAAGAGACAUGGUGUC